UGCUAGCGGAACGCAGGCAGGCCGCAGUGAUUUGGUAGCCGCUGCAGUAGGAGGAAGGACCGCGGUUCUACCCCUUCUAUCUUUCAGUUUCACCUCGAAAUCCUUUCGGUGUUUCAUUUCGGUAGCAACCAAUAACCUGCGUGCACAGAUACGGUGUUUUAUGAAUAUCUGAGUCGUAGUAUUCAGUGGUAUCAAUCGCCAUAUUAAUCGCACGUUUUCCGUGACAGAAGCGCUAGCACAACAAUGGCUCUGAAAAGAAUUCACAAGGAGUUGAAUGAUUUGGCACGGGAUCCUCCAGCCCAGUGUUCUGCAGGACCAGUAGGAGAUGACAUGUUUCACUGGCAAGCCACGAUAAUGGGACCUAAUGACAGUCCUUACCAGAGUGGGGUUUUCUUCUUGACCAUACACUUCCCAACAGACUACCCCUUCAAACCGCCAAAGGUUGCGUUUACCACAAGAAUCUAUCAUCCGAAUAUCAACAGCAACGGCAGCAUCUGUCUUGAUAUUCUGCGAUCACAGUGGUCUCCAGCUCUCACCAUCUCCAAAGUUCUCCUGUCUAUCUGCUCCCUGCUGUGUGACCCAAACCCGGACGACCCCUUAGUACCUGAGAUCGCCCGCAUCUACAAGACUGACAGGGAAAAGUACAACAAAAUAGCUCGGGAAUGGACACAAAAGUAUGCAAUGUAGUGCUGGGAGAGAAACAUGGCCAACCACCUCUAGGACGUAAGGCUAGGGGAGAUCCAGAUGUAAAGAGAAAAUAAAACCAUCCAAAACAAAUGAAAAGUUUUAAACAAGUUCUUGUUGGUUUCCAUUGGAGUGCUUUCUUUGAGCCACGCCUCCCCUUCACCAGAGUACCUGUAAAACUCCCUCUGCCUCCCACCCCCACCUCCAGCCCACCCUCUAGUGUACAUACUGUUGACUCAAAGGUAUAAACGGUCUCUGAUCCCAUCUCCUCCCUUCCUUGUUUUGUUCCACUUUGACAUCCAAGCAGGCUGGGCUGUCACCAAUUCCACCAUUUUUCCAUUUUCCUGCACGCCUGCAUCCUUGCCUACCAUCAUGAAAUCAUUCCUUUUUUGUGACUAAGUCCUUGAGGGGAUGUUUUUUAUUCCUUUUGUUUUCUAGGGGGAUGGGGGUCGGAGAGAUGGAGGGAUUUUUACACUCUGCACUCAUGUUUUGUUGUAAUAAUUGUCUCCUCUAGAGGUGACGAUUAAAGAAAGCAAUUCUCACACGUGAGUCAAAGGGCACUCAGUAUUUUAUAAACUCAUAACUCAUCGCGGGCUGUGUCAAAUGAAAAAAGUGCACAUGGCCUUUUUUGCGCUUCUGUUGGAUUUUAUGAAAGGACUUGAAUUUAUUCACACACCUCAUAGUCCCACUCCCCCACCCCUGCUCCUUUAACCUGUUCACCCAUGUGGACCCCCCCAUGCACACACACCUGCACGCACAGCGGUAACCCCAUGUCACUACCACCACCUUUUCUUUAUUUUCAAAGCGGAGGUUCUGGACCAGCUAUUUAAGCAAUUCAUCUUAGUUUACCCUGUGUUUUUAUUUCCUACCCCGUAAUUCUUUAGGUUACUUUAUUUGUCUAUUUUUGUUUUGUUAUUUUUAUUUUCCCCUCUCCUUUUCCUUUUGCUUUUGUCAAAUUAGCAGCUAACAUCUGAAAUGGCUAUGGGACUGGCUUGGGCUCUGGGUGCGAGGAGAACCCACUCUUCUUGCACAAAACCUCUGUAUAUUGAAUUACCUGAGAGGCUCGUUGAGCUUUGUGUGUUGAUUAAACUGUGUAAUAAAAACCUUCGACUCCUG